GUGGUGCCGAGACACAAAGGAAUACUGAAAGUAGACACUGAUGAAGAAGUUAACUCCGGGAGUAAAGCUGUCAUGGAAGUCAAGAAAUCAAAGAAAAAGGUUAUUCUCAGUCAAGACUACGACAAUCCAGCUGAUAAAGAUGUUGAAAUUCCAGGAGCAGACCCUAAAGACGAUGAAGACCUUCCGACUUGCCUGAUGUGUGUGUGUCUAACGGGGUCAGUGUAUUGCGAGGACGUUUCUCCAGACAUGACAACAGUUCCCGCACUGCCACAGGAGACGGCUUACCUCUAUGCAUGCUUUAAUAAAAUCACAAAAAUAACCAAUAAAGACUUUGCUAAUAUUGCCACACUGAAAAGAAUUGACCUCUCCGGCAACCUGAUCUCAGAAAUAGAAGAUGGAGCCUUUUCCAAACUCAGUCAUCUCGAAGAACUAACACUCGCUGGGAACAAGCUGGUCAAGCUGCCGAUGCUGCCCGCGAAUCUCCUGUCUCUCGAUGUCAAUCACAAUUUACUCAAAACUAAAGGAGUCAAAGCUAACAUUUUCAAGAAGCUGAUCAAGCUAGCAUACCUGUACCUUGGAGACAACGGGCUAGAAGCCAUCCCGCCGCUGCCCGAAAGUCUGCGUGUGGUUCAUCUACAUAACAACAACAUAACAUCACUGACAGACGACACGUUCUGCAAAGGGAACAGCACGCACUACAUCAGGCACAACAUGCAGGAGGUGCGGCUGGAUGGAAAUCCCAUAACACUGGCUCAACAUCCCAACAGCUUCAUCUGUCUGAGAGCGCUGCCUAUUGGACACUACAAGUGAUCCGCUGAGGAGAAGAAAAUGUUCCUUUAGCUCUCAUCCAACUGGCAAAGCUGC